GGUCCCUGAGGUUUUGUGACCAACUUGUAACUCAGGUCUGUGUGGUGGCCUUAGUGGGAAUGGUGAUGCUUUGUGUUUCAUAUCAGCCUGAGGAGAAGACAUGUUUCCAGUUUGCCAUAAAGCUGGUGUACUUUCUACUGAGCACCCUGAGUCUGAUUACCUGUGUUCUGGCAGUGGCUUUUGUUGCACAUCAUUAUUCACAGAUUGUACAGUUUACCUGUGAUGCCGUCCUUGACUCUUGCCAGUGCAAACUGGAAACUUCAGAUCCCCUAAGUAGGACCUUCGUUUACCAGGAUGUAUCUGACUGUACCAGUGUCACUGGCACUUUCAGUCUGUAUCUGCUACUGCAGAUGGUUCUUAAUCUGAUCACAGCCAUUGUGUGUUUGUUGGCAUGCUUUGUGAUGUGGAAACACAGAUAUCAGGUCUUUUUUGUGGGCGUUCGGUUACACUCAUUAACUGGUACUGAAAUCCAGCAACAGAAAGUAUAGGAGGGUGGUUUUGGUUUGUUUUGUAGAGAGUGAAUAACAAAUGUCAGGCUAGUACCACCGUCGAAACCGCAAAUAGAUGAGUGUUUAAAGAUUUUUGACAGACAACCAUUCACACAUUUUAAAUGAAUUUAUUUAUAUUUUUCAGUCAUUUGAAGAGCAAUUUUUAUGGCCACUAUUGCCAAGGGCCCUUGAGGGAAGAGCUAGAUGUAUCACAAAAAUUCUAAAGAUGUGGCUGUACAAAUAGUUUCCAAAGAGCAUCUUUAACAGCCAUAGACAAAAGCAGUUUUGAUAAUUACUGAGAUUCCUCUGCUGAGCUUAUAUGGUAACAAACAAUGGGCCAGAUUCUUGGUUGGUGUCAAUCUGUCUGUUCCAUUGAUUUCAGUGGAGCUAUGCUGAGGAUCUGGUCCAGACUGUUUAAGUGAAAUUAUUCCAGUCAUGCUUAGGGAGUUGUGCUCUUGGAUAUCUCACGUUGUCAUUACUGGGAUUAACCUGUAUAUGUGUGAGCAGCAGGGCCGUCGCUUCCAUUUAGGCGACCGCACCAGGAUUUGGGGGGGUGGCAUUUUGCCAUCCUCGGCGGCAAUUCGGCGGCAGGGGAUCCUUCCGCGCUCCGGGUCUUCGGUGGCAAUUCUGCGGCAGGUCCUUCACGCGCUCUGGGACCCACUGCUAAAGUGCCCCGAAGACUGUGAGCCAUGGCAGGACCCCCCCCCCCCGCCACAGAAUUGCCGCCAACAACCGCGGGCGCGGAAGGACCCCCGCCUAGGGCGCCAAAAACCCUGGCGCCACUACUGGUGAGCAGCGAGGAAAGGUUGAGACCCUUCCAAAUGCAAACUAAGACCAGCAACACAUGACAUUCUAUUGCUAGCAACAGUAUAAACUCUAGUCAAGGUUUUCAAAAGGGCCUAAUGAGAUCCCUUAAAGGGGCCUGAUUUUCCAGGAGUGGUGGCUCAGUACUUUCUGAAAAUCAGACCCAUGUAAGGUCCCUCAAGCUGGACACCUAAAACUGAAACUCCUAAAUAGCUAGUGGCUUUUGGAAAGCCUGUAUCAACAUGAUUGUAAUAGCACUGCAUACAAAAAGGAUGUUUACCCAAUUACGCCAGUUCUACUUUCCUCCAAGUGCAGUAGGCCAAAUGCCUUCAUGGCGUACUUCCUGUGAAGACAAUAGAGUUGCACCAGGGAUGGAUUUGGCCCCAAAACUCUGAAAGAUAUAUCACUACAUAAAUAAAAAGCCCCCCUCCCCCCCCGAGAAGGUAUUGCCAGUGUCCUAAGAACAUAAUCUAUGAGUACAAGAGCACAAUGAUUUCCUAAUGAGUGAUGGUGAAGAUAAUCAAUCAUUCAUUACAAACUGCAUUUUAAUAGUGGUUUGUAUCCCAACGAUUAGGAUCCAAAAGUGCUUUACAGCUUAUGGGCCUGAUUCUCUACUGAUUUGCUCCUUGUAUAGUCAUUUGCACCUCUGUAAAGUAGAUACAAAACUUCUGUGAGUGAACAAAGAUGUCUGAUUUGGUAGUACUUUGCGCACAUUCAUUUGCACAGAUGCACAAAGGGCAAGGGCCAAGGCAGUGGAGAAUCUUGCCCUGUAUAUCUAGAGAUUCCGCAUCCCACCUGAAGUGACUCCACCAUUUGGGUGCAAUAAAACGAUCAUUGUGUAUCACCAAAACUGUACAACAGCUUCUGUAGGAAGGGGAGGGAGAAUAACUUAAGAGGUAGCAUUUUCAAAAGUGCCUACAUGACUUAUGUGCUUCAGUCCCAAUUUCAAAAGUGAUUUAGGCACUUAGGAGCAUAAGUCCCCUUAACUUGCAAUGACACUUAAGCUUCCUAGGUGCUUAUGUCACUUUUGAAAAUGUGACUAAGACUCCUAAGUCACAUAGGCUGAGACCUGCAAAGGUAUUUGGACACCUACCUGCCAUCGAAGUCAGUGAGAAUUAAGUGCCUAAAUGCCUUUGGCAUCUGGGUCUUAACCACGUAUGAAAAAUGUUAACCCCCAAAGUGUAAUUUUUUUGAGACCAGCCUCAACCUGGCCUCCCUUUUUGUGCCCACAAACCUGCCGGCACAAGUACUUGUGGGUGCAAUUUUGCAUCAGCAUUAACUGUGCAGCUAAACUGGUGCACUCUAAGCAGCAAAUCUGACUCCAAAAUGGUCUUCAAAUAAAGCUGAAGUAAUGCCAACCUUGGGAAGAAGCCAGGUACAGUGGAAUUCAAUCAAAAGGACUGAUAUGGGGCCCACCACCACCAUUUGGGGACCGAUCCACCUCUCCUUGAUGUUAGUGGAAAGUAUCUUAUUGAUGUCAGUGGGAGUUGCUUGAUCCUAACAUCUGAAUAGCCAUUGCAUGUGACCCCAUGGAAUAUUUAGCGUCCCAAAGGAGACACGUAUGGGAAGCAACUUUUCCUCCUUUCCAGUACAGUCCAGAGACAGAAAAGAGGGCAGGGUUCACCCCUCAAAAUGGGGGACCCCUGGAGAUCCAGAGGAUGGGGCCCCACAGCAGUCCUGACAGCUCGCUCUCAGGGCUGCUCUGUUUUAGAUGUGAGGUAACAUUUUUCAAAGUGUCUAAGAAGCCCCAUUUUCAAAAGGGACUUAGGCACUCAGGAAUCUCAGUCUUGUUCAUUUGGACACUUUUGAAAAUGCUACAAUUUUUGGUGGAAAAUACAAACAUUUUACUCACAUUGUUCAAAGGAUGCCUUUAUCCAGGCUGGUGUCUUACCAAAAGUCCAGGGGAUUUUAUUGGCCAAGGAAGAAGUAGUAGGGGUGAGAAUAACUGAAUUAUUUUAGUUUUGUGAAAAGGGUUUGUUAAACUGUUUUAAAGGGGAUAGCUCAAAGAGUGAGGGUUGCUACCACUAAAGCUGGCACCCUUUUGUAUCUGUAGCACUCAAGGACUGAAUAGACAUGGAGAUUGACCAACCUUCUCACCCCACACGAGGCUGAGUGGCAGUGCAGGACGGGAUGUUUGAUCAUCUGCUGCCUGUGCCAUAUUUCCAAUAUGGCUAAAUGGUCAUUCUCCAGAUCUGUCAGUUUUAAUCCUUUGACCUUCAUCCCAAUCCCUUGUUUUCAUUUUCUAUUCACUGCAAUCUGUUAGGUCCUGUACCCUGUGCCUCCUCUCUCAUGUGAAGGGGUGGGAGGCGACCUGCUGCACAGAGGGCUUCAGCCACAAUCCAAUGAUUUAAACAGGUUGGCAUCCUUCAGCACCACUGAAUCCAUCAGAAUGAUGAGGGACAACGCAUGGUUGCUGUGAAAGAUCUGAGGGUGGCUACAGAAAACACAAUGAAUGUAUUGGAAAAAAUGCCUGUUCCCUAGAUCUCUGUGUAUUCUAAUAGCAGCCUACCUAUAUUUUUAAACUACAUGGUAGAAUUCAGUAUAUUAAACAGUACAUUGCAGCUUAACCCUUUGCUCUGAAAGGGGGGAAAAAACCCAUAUUGAUCAUGUAUAUAAUUAAAAUAUUUACUGCUUAAUAGGUAUUUUGAACUAGCAAAUUAUAACUAUCUAUCUAUCAGACAUCCAGAACGUAGAGGUCAUACCAGGAAACAGCCACAGGAGCUAUUUUGAAACAGCUGUCUCCUGGCCCUGGUUUUACAAUAUGCAUUUUGUUCCAAACAUGAAAUCCUGAGAACUUUGAUAGAGCAAAACUAAAAAGUUCUUUAUCUAGGGUCUUCAGACAGUGGCAGAUCCUGCUCCAGUAAAAGCGAAUAGAAAGCAAAAAUUCACCUGAAUUUCAAUGGGAGGAGGACUGGGACCUAAAGCUCUUGCAAAGUAUUAAAGAGGCGUGAAGGGAAAAAAAUCAGUCCUGGAAAUGAAUCCUCAGGAAAAGCCCACUAAAACUGGAUAGUGAUUAAACCAAUAUGGUUGCACAGGAAUUGAGGAAGGUUUAUAUAGUCUACCCUCAAAUCUUAGACUGAUUUUCAUUUACACUAUCUCCACUUUCCAUUGUUCUGGCAGUAUAAACGGGCCUUAAAGAGAGCAUAAAUUACAUCUGUGCUCACUUUAUGGCCCCUUUAUACUGCUAAUGGGCCCUUACUCUACAGGAAAAUUUCAUGGAGAAUCAGAUCUUUCUAUAGUUUGUUUCAGACCAUUUUACAGAACUACAGCGGUGGGGUAUAAUUCUCCAUUGCAUUCUAUUGCCAAGCUUAAGAUCUUCGUUCUCUAUGAAAUUCAGUUGGACUUUUCCCUAAGGCUGGUGCCUGGUUCUUUAAUCUUUUACCCAUGCGGUCCCCGGAACACAUGUAAGCAGGGAUGUUGCAUGCAUAACAUAUAAAAAAGCAUCAGCUUUGCUCUGGGUUUGAGGUACUUUGAUGUUGUAUUAUGCAAAUACUGGAGUUAUAAUAAGGAUAACAAAAAAGGAACUGAGAUACGUAGCAAAAUACUUAGCAAAAUGUCACAUUCUAAAACUGACCAUGAACCCAGGCAGUGACUGUUUCUUAUAAGUCAUAAAACGCUGAGAUUUGCACAAUCCUCCUCCACUAGUACUAAAAUGAAACUAGACUUUGGAGGAAGGGGAACUGCCAUGAUUUGGCUUUACGUGACAGAUGAGGAACACAGCAGCCAAAACAUACAGACAUUGUAAGCAAGCCCACUCUCCGACUGUGCCUUCACGUGAUCGCCAUCUGAGCCUUGCCAGCUCCAUCUAGCUCUGUGAGGGCAGCUUCUUGGAGCUUUGCCUAAAACAGAGAGCUACACAAGAGCUCUGGAAACUGUAGUUAAGUACUAGGACUAACUUUUUCACCUACUGUGUCUGCUAAAUUGUAUAAUGUUGCCUUGGGGCUUCUAAAAUCAGAAACCGUUAUGUUUGUGUGUUAGAAGCUGCUAUGCAUAUAUUCUAUAUUUAAGCCUGGGAUGUCAGGUCCCCUUGAAAUUUUCAUACACUCCCUCCACACACCCACACAUGCUUAUGUCUGGAAAAUGUUUUUAGAUAUUAGUAAAGUGUGUGGGUAGGGGGGUAUUCAAGGGAGACACUGAGGAACAACAGUAAAGCACUAUUUAAGCAUGAAGUUUAAAAACCUCCUUAAGGAGACAGAACACUAUUACCAGUAUGUACAUUGUGGCUUUCUAUAAUAAUUAUACUAUAUAUAUAGAGAGAGAGAAAUAGAAUGAGUGGACCAGAUCAUCAAUUAGGGUAAAUCAGCAUAACUCUGGUGAACUCAAGAAUCUGGCCCUGCAUCUUCCUAUAUCAUAAAUCAUGAGAGAACUCCACAUUUUUACUCUGCUAAUCAAAGAUCUCUGACCGGUUAUAACAAGCUAUAUAUUUAGCUAACUUUUGCUGAGAUUUUUAUAAAGCUGUAUCUGUUACUAAUAUGUGCUUACCUUAGCUUGCUACAGGUGCUAUAGUUAUCUGGAUCUAUUAAUUGUGACGCUUUCUUAUGUCAAGUCUAUAGUUAUUACCAUAGCAAUUUUUCCCCCCUACAAUUCCCAGUGAUCACUAAUGUUUAUCCACUUGUACAAUUCAAAUCUGUAGUUUAAAAGUUCAGUCUAUACAAAUAUAAACAAAGGUUUGUAUUGAUGGGGGGGAGGUAUUGGUGUGUGUAAUACUAUGCCUUUGUCUGAAGAAACGGUUAAAAAAUUCAUUUAAAUGUAUUUUGGGUUGUUUUUUUUUUUUAAAAGGAGAUAUGUAUAAUGCAUAUUUCAUGUGUUAACAUAAUGCUUCCAUAUUCCAUGAAGCUGUCUACAUUUGAGCACAGCUAUUAAAGUGUGCUUAAAGUGACUGACUGCAGAUAGAGUAUGAGCUGAGAUACAUCAAAACUCACAAAUUAGUGUCUACUUCAAAAACCAGAUUCUCAGUUGACAGGAGUUAAUGCUCAUUUGCGCUCCGAUAUUCCUGCCACUGUCUCCAGGUUAGCACAUUGCAUGAAUGUUAGAAGGUUGGUUUGCUAAUGUGCAGACAAAUGGGAACAGAAAGUGAGCUGGGGGAAUAAUCUGCAGAAGAUGACUUGAAUACACACACAUCUUUCAGUCAGAUCUAUUAUGAAUGACAAGCACUGUGCUGACCUCAAGUUACUGGAUGUAUGGAGAAUGACAUGGAUUAAGCCAGAACUCAGUGGCAUUGAGGGCCCUGGUUAUAUUAGAAAUGGAAUAUUUUAGCAAGCCAGUUUUCAACCGAGCUUCACUCAGUUGUGCAAAGAGAAUCUUCUCUGAUAAGUUCCAAAGUUAAUAGAAUAGGGAUAUAAAACGGGAUUUUUCCUUUGCCAAAACUGUACCUAAAAGAAAUCUAUACUGGAUAUUUUCCCUAUACCCAGCUGCUCCUGGUGGAUACAACUAGAAUGGACUCAGUAGUAAGCUCUCCCUGUCAGUUUGAGAUCCAGUUUUGCCUGGCAUGUAUAUGCAUGGCUCCCAUAGAUUUCACUGGGAGCUUUGAGAGGAAGAGAGUUUCCAUCUCUUCCUUCCUAGUCACGUAAGUGAUGAUGCUCUGCAGUGUGCUGCACAUCCUCAUUGAAAAAUAGCCAUGAUUCUGACACAGGGCCAGCGUCAGCCCAUAAAGAUGUGUAUGCAACUCGUGUGGACUUAAAUUGGAGUUACACAUAGAUAUAGAAAGGGUUUCCAGGUGUUUUCAGGCACGUUAUGUUAAAAUCAACAGAAGGCAAUAUUAAAAGGACCGUGCCAAGUACUUUUUGCCCCAGAUUUAGACUGUGUUAAACAAUUGGGGGUGGGGGAGGUUGAAUAGAGGCAAGAGUUGCAAAUCUUGAUGAGCCUUUCAAUGAGCAUUGCAGAUGCUUAACUUAACACCUCUUGGGUAUAUGGCCCAAUGAUAGUGUAAGGGCCAGAUCCUCAGCUGAUGUGACUUAGUCUAGCUCCAUUGACUUCAACAGAGCAACACCGAUGUGCUCCAACUGAGGAUCUGGCCCUAAUGAAAUGUUUCAAAAAACGCUGCAAUGAAAAUAUUUUUAAAAUAAUUUAAACAUUCUGUGUCCCUGCCUCAGUGAUGUGAAUCCAAACGCAGGAGCACUGGGCCAGCAUAAAAGAACCAGCAACUGAAACAGACUGGAGAGUGAAACUGUCCAGUCUACUUUCACUAUCCAAGUCUAGUUGUUGUUUGUUUUUUGUUUUUUUUAAAAAAGCAACAUACAUGGUAAAAAAAAGAAUUUGUUCUUAAAAUAACUCAUUCAAUUUCAUUUACCUAAAGUGUUACUAAUAGCAGGGGGUCAGGAAUUUUAACAAACUUCCACCAGGCCAGAUUCUGAGCUGCUGUAACUCUGUGCCGCAUCAGUAAAGCUACACCAGCCGAGGAGCUGGCCAAUCCACUUUAUUAAGCAAUGUCCUUUGAUAUUUUAACUGAAAUUAAGCUUUAUAAUCUAAUUUUGGUUGUUUGUGUCAUAUUUAUAUGUAUCCUAUUUGUUAAGAUAGCUGUUUCCAGAUUUAGGUUCUUGUGUGCAAAAAAAAUAAAAAAAUAUGACUUCUGAUAGUAAAAAUCUAUGCCUCUGAUUUAAAAAGACUUUUAUCUUUACUGCAUUUCUAAUAAAAUCUUUUCAUUUGCUCCAA